AUGAACAUUUUAGAUAUCUGUAAUGAAAUUCCCACCUCAGCUUCAAAGCCACGUCUUUCAAAUAUCACAUUUUCCACAGUUACAAGUGCUACUGGAUUGCCAACAAUUGCUACUGAACCAUCUAGGCCUCGGUCAAGCAGUUAUUGGAAGCAGUCCGAUCGAGAAAGUAGUAAAGGAGCUGGCGGCAGCAAUAUUGGUGGUAGUACUAUUGCUGGUGAGGAAAAGUUUAAUAAUUAUAAACCAGAAAGAUCCAAAACAACUGGAACUGAUAUUUACCCAUUCAUCGGCUUCAUUUUCUUACUUUUCAUUAACAAGGAAAAGCAGAAAAUAAGUAAUUAUCUUUCAUCAAAUGAAGCCAGAAAAGAUGAUCGAAAUGUACCAAGUAAUAAAGUCGACACAGAUGCUGUGGCUUGCACGAGUUUGGAACAAGUUGAAGGGUUAGUGUUGAGUACAUCGGAUGGCACUAGUUAUAACUGCAAAGAACUGAAUUCAGAUAAUGUAUUGGCUAGGAUUUCUGAGUGGGACUUUCCUAUCUUUGAUUUUGCCGAGAAGCAUCCCAACACUACUCUCAGCAGGAUAACUUAUGCAAUAUUCCGAGAAGUUGGCUUAUUUCAAAUCUUCAAAAUACCGCCAAAAAAAUUUUUCAACUUUUUUCAUUCAUUGGAAUGUGGAUAUUGGGAUAUUCCUUAUCACAAUCGUAUACAUGCAGCAGAUGUGUUACACGGGUGCUACUACUUAACAUGUCAUCCGGUGCGUGCGCUGCUUGGUACGUCGACAAACUCUGCGGAUCCUUUUUUUCCAUUUCUUGAAAAUUCUCCGUUACCCAUUUCAAGCAGCAUGAGUACACUGGAACUAAUGGCAUUAUUCACCGCUGCAGCAAUGCAUGAUUAUGAUCAUCCUGGCCGUACCAAUGCAUUUCUUGUUGCUGCUGAAGAUAAAAAGGCUAUAUUAUACAAUGAUCGGUCAGUACUAGAAAAUCAUCAUGCUGCUGAAUCUUGGCGUCUUCUAUCGAAGCCUCAAAAUUGCUUCAUUGAAACAUUGGAUGCAGCAGAAACGAAACGAUUCAGAUAUCUCGUGCUGGAGUACAUCCUUGCCACUGAUCUCAAGCUCCAUUUCGAUAUCAUCAUGCAGUUUAACGAGAAGUCUGCAGAUAUGGACCUGAGCAACGAAUCAAAUCGCGUUCUUGUCUCUCAAAUGCUUAUCAAAUUCGCAGAUAUUAAUAGUCCUUCUAAACCUUAUCCACUUCAUCGUCAAUGGACGGAACGUAUUUGUGAGGAGUUUUAUGGUCAGGGAGAUGAAGAAAAACUUCGUGGCAUGGCAGUAUCACCUUAUAUGGAUCGAGAGAAUCCAGCAGUGGCGAAACUGCAAGAUUCUUUCAUUUCGCAUAUAGUAAGCCCAUUAGCGGUUGCUCUUAACGAAGCUGGUCUGCUUCCAGUCUUGCCGGGUUUGGAAGAACCCGAAGUAAUCAUCAACUUGAAGCAUAAUCAUCAAAAAUGGUUACGUGAAUUAGAAUCACAGAAGCCAUCCACAACAAGCGUUGAUCAAAUUGCUAGUACCAUACCUCCUCUCAGUACUCAGGCAUCUUCAGCAUUACUCGAUUCUUCAACUGAUAUCAUUGUUGAAGAAGAGGCAAGCUCAAUUUUAUACAUAUCCAUUACUCCGAAUAUUUAUUACAUUUGUUUAUUUCAGUAG